AUCGGUGCUGACUCAUCGCUUGCUUCAGAGUACAUACGACUUGUCCUUGUGCGCACAAAGCGCUUCCUUUGUGUCCUGAGGCGAUCAGGGGUAUUUCUGAUCUUCAAUGACACGUGAUUACCAAUGCCAGAUAACAAAUGUGACGAACCAUUUGCUCAAAAUAACACUGAUACUGUGAAGUCAACUCGUCCUUUGCAUGUGAUUACGCAAUAUGCGAGAGCGGAUGUUUCUGAAAUGCAUUCACCUGGUAGACCAACCAGUUUAGGACUGUGUUUAACAAACGCUUCAAAUCUGACAGAUGUCAAGAGCUGUUCCUUGUCGCUUCGUAAUGUUGUAUCUCAAGAAGUUUGUUAUCAGCCAUGGACGGUCCGAGCUGUAGACACCUCAGAGUUUGAGAAGCUUCUAGGACAUCUUGGCAACAAUGGUUCUACACCAGUGACCCCAACUAGUUUUUUAAACCCAAACAAUAUAACAGAGGAUCAGGAGUUGUUUGCAGACAAUUUUUCUCGAACUUUGAACAAAGUUAAAGCUGAACAAGAGGGAUGGACAAUAAUUCCAAAUUCAUCAUCUUUCGAUAGUGUUAUUACUGAAUCAACUAGUUCUUCCUUUGAAAAGCAGGUCCAAUCAAACCGAAAUGUUUCCAUGUCUUUUAUGGAGAGUUACACUACCGGUGCCGAAACUUUAAAUUCCAUAAAGUCAGAAGGCGAUCAAACCAAUCCAUCCGUACACGUUUCCGACCCAAUGAAAAUAAAUUCACCAAAUUUAACCGAUGAACCACUGGUAUUACUAAGCGGUACGUCCAAUGAAAAUCAUACGGUAGCCCAAUCCAGUAUAAAUUCAAUACAAAAACAUAUCGCAAGUUCCAAAUCCAGUUCCUCAACCUCUAAUCCAUUCCAAGAAAAUUUUUAUUCCAAUAUCCUAUCAACUUCUAAUUCAAAUCCUAAUAAUAUCCAUAGGACAAAUACAGAAAUCCAUUGGGUAGCUAGUCUACCUACUAUUUCAUCCAUUGCCAAUGGGUUAAAACAAGCUGUUGCAGAUCGUAGAUGCGGUUCCACAGAUUUCUGUUCAAAUUUAGACUCACUUUCUUCAGAAUCACGCUUUACAAAUUCAGUUUAUCCGCACGAUAGUAUGGGAUCUCAUAGAAUAUCAGAAACUGUUUUGACAUCAACUGAAAAUAUUUUAUGUAAUAAUGAUAAUAACGACCCAGUUCACUGUAGAUUAUCACAGAAAUUACCAAUUUUAACCCCGUGUAAUCCUGAACAACAGGCUUCUGAUAUUCUUGUUCAUUAUGCUAUUCAAGAGAAUCACAAUACUGUUCAGAUGAAUGGUUCAUGCAGUGAAGGUAUUGGUGAUGACUUGGUAGCAUCAUCAUCUAGUUCAAGAUUGUGUGCCAACGAUUCAUCUGAUUUUGGGAUAAGAAAUGCUCUCAAUGAACUAUAUUCUUCCGCUCAUCCAACUCUACCUAAUGUCGGGGAGUGUAGAAUUUUAACUCCUGUUUUAUCAUCAAUUCCUGAGUCAACAUCAACUGAUGGUAAUCCAUGUAAUGAAAGUACACAAAAGACUCCUGCUCAUAUUUUUGUUAGCUGUCAGUCGACUACACCUCGAGAUAAUUCAAAUCACCUCUUAGAUAACCAUUUGAACCCAACUUCGAUCGCUAGUCAGUCACCUGGCUCUUCAGGUAUUCAUAACAGCGACAGCAUGUUAAACAGAAAUGAUAUCUGUCUAUCGCGUCCACCGGAGUCUCAUACCAAUGGAAAUUUACGCAGUCAACAGUUCGAGGAAAUGUAUUGUACACUUGGUAACCACUUUUCUGAUAAGUCAUUAUUACUCCAAUCAAACAAUAGAUUUACAACAACCAGUCAUUUAAUCUCAUGUACUAAUCCUGUAUGUGAUUCCUUUCUGGAUGCUCAUAUGUUACAAAGUUUGAGGUCACCUGGAAUACCGAGCACUGAUAUAAAGCAAGGUUCUGUUAAUUCUGUGUUUAAUCUCACACCAAUCCCUUCAUUUUUAUCCGAUGAAAGUAAUGGUGAUCUUGAUCAGAGAAAUAAUUAUUUUCAGCAGUUGUCAAAUUCUAAGUCAGAUACAAUUGAUAUGACUUCAUUUACUGCAGUAACCAGUUGUUUAAAUCCCUUUUCUGCUGAACCAUUAUCAUUAGUCACUAAUUCAAACUGUCUCAAAAAAUCUAGACGUCAUGGUGCAGGGAAUAAAAAGUCACGUAUGAAUGCUUUGAAUACUAAUUCUGGAUUACCAGUUGUUUGCGAUAGUAGUACAGACAUAAUACCGACCCAAGGUAUGUUCAAUGAUCCAAGUAAAAACAGUGUAAAGCGACCACGUAACUUAACGGGACGUGGAAGCUCAGAUGUGACUGCUAAAAUUCCUUCUAGUGUUUAUAAUAGUGAGAAUUAUCCAACUGCAAAUCAACAGGCAUAUCGUGGAGAUUCUAAUAAGUGUUUUAGCGGUAAAGUUGAAUCUUUGGCUAUUGAUGAUGCGGAUGAUACUAGUGAUCAUUCAGAAUCACUUAGCACAGGAACUGGUCAUGCUGUUAGAGAUAACACUCCAGUUUCUCCUUUAAAUGAAUUCGAACAGCAUCAUUUGAAAUUGGAGAGAAAGCGUGCUCGUAAUCGUGUUGCUGCACGUCGUUGUCGUGAACGUAAAAUAUCACUUAUCAGAUCGUUAGAAAAUCAAGUAGCUGAACGUGAUGCUCAAGUAAGAAAUUUAGAGGAUACACUAGCUCGGUAUAGAGCUGAAGGUGAACAAUUAAGAUUACAUGUAGAAAUGCUAGCAAGUUCAUAUCCUAGUUUAAAAGCUGAGUUAUAUCGGUUCCCUUUUCUUUUCCAACCAUCAUCGUCGCAUGCACAACCACCACCGCCUCAACAACAACAGCAACAACAAACUUCUAAUCAAACUACUCCAUUAAAAUCGGAACUUCCAGACACAUCAUCGUCAAAGCAUUUCACUUGAAAAGGUCGAAUAAUUACAACUAAAAAUACCAUCGAUAUAUUUUUAUAGUUUCUUUGACACAAAGUUGUAAGACAGUUUCUUUUUCCUCCGCUUGUUUGUUUUUGUUACGGCAUUUUAAUCCACAAGCCAUAUUUUCUCACUUUUCGUUUUUGUCAUAAUGAUUUCUAUAUUUUUUGAUUUUUUUUAAGAAACAAAGCUCUUUUUAGGUUUUAAUGAUGAACGGACCAUAUAUAUACAUACGUACAUCAUACUUUUCUAUAAAUCAUUUCACAUUUCCUUUCUGUCCUAUGUUUAUUAUCUCCUAGUUGUGUUUGGAAAAUUAUAUGUAGUUUUCAGUCUGGUUUUUCGUCUGUUCUAACGUAUUUAAUUCAUAUGAUCUUACGUUUAUCAUACUAUCUCAUAAUCGUGUAACAAUUAGGAAUGACCUACUUUACCGGUUAUUAUGUAAUUAUCAUUAUCUUCCAUUCGGUUAAGACCAUAAUUGAUAUUCUGAUGUUGAUAAAUGGAAUCAGCGUCAAUUUGUGCGCCUUUUUUAAAAGUUUUUUUUUUUAAUUUUUAUAUCACUGAUGUUACUAUUAGUAUUAUUACAUUGGACUGGGAAAUGUUUUUCCUAACAGAUUAGAAUUGUUUCACAGGUAUUAUUUUCGAAAAAUCAAUUUUGAUUACAAAAUGUUCAUUCUCUUUUUGCUUUGAUGGUUUUCUACACUUGACAGUUUUUAAUUGUUACAUAUUCAUUGUAUUGCCUAUCACUAAAUAAGGUAAGUUGGCUGCUCAUAUUUUGUUUUCGUUAAGAGUUGGGAAGAAAAACAUUGUCACUUUACGUAUUAAGUCCAGUUGUUGUAUUUCUGAUCAUUUCUUUUAUAUAUACACAUUUUCUGUCUAUAUAUGUUUUAUGAAAUAUGCACAUAUAUUGCCUUUAUUAUAUAAGUCAUUGUAAGCCAAAUGCUAUAUAUAUAUAUAUAUAUAUAUAUAUAUAUAUAUAU